AUGGACUUGGGGUCAGACGGAGAUCCCGAGGGGAAACAAGGCAUGGCUUCACUACCAGUCCACUUCAUUCAGCAACCAGUUGCCCAAGAGCCAGAGGUGACAAUUCUCCAGCAGAUGCCCUGGAUUCCAUCUUCUCUUCCUCAGUCCAACAGAGGAAGCCAAAUCAGGGAAGAUUUGAUGGAGCUAAUGAUGAUUCAAAAUGCCCAGAUGCACCAGGUGAUAAUGAAUAACUUAGCCAUGUCUGCACUUGCCUACUUUGGAAUCAGCUCAGCUCAAUCCGAUGCCCAGGUCACCCAUCUCCCUUGGCAGGUAGAAGACGAUGAAAACGAUGACCCAGAAGCCCUCGUUUUCCAUCACCAUUACGCUCCCUAUCCUAACCCUGUGCUUUUCCCAGCAUGGCAGCCCCAGCCUCAGUCAUCAGCUUGGCCGCAGCCGUCCAUUCGCCACGUGGGCCCAGAUCCUCAGCCCGCACCAAGACACGAUGAUAGUCAAGUGGUCCCUCCGCCCCCACCACCAAGCGCAACUGGAACCGUGACGGCUAAUGUCCCGCCUGCAUCAGAAUACUACGACUUCACCCAGGGACGGUUUUGA